AUCAAUCACCACAGAAACUCAAUGCCACUACUCCUCCGUCGAUUUCUCUCUCCCUCCGUCGUCUCCUCCUUCUUCCUCCGUCGCUCAAUGGCUUCCUCAUCAAUCUCCUCUGAUCCCAUCACUCCAUCAAACACCAAAAUCGGAUGGAUCGGAACCGGAGUCAUGGGCCGAUCAAUGUGUGGACACUUAAUCAAAGCCGGUUACACCGUCACCGUCUUCAAUCGAACCAUCUCCAAAGCUCAAACUCUCAUCGACAUGGGAGCAAACCUCGCUGACUCACCAAACUCAGUCGCUUCUCAAUCCGACGUCGUUUUCACCAUCGUUGGUUAUCCUUCCGAUGUCCGUCAUGUCCUUCUCGAUCCAAAGUCCGGAGCUUUAUCUGGUCUCCAACAAGGAGGUGUUCUCGUUGAUAUGACUACUUCAGAGCCUUCUUUAGCUGAGGAGAUAGCUAAAGCUGCUUCCUUUGAGAAUUGUUUCUCAAUAGACGCUCCGGUCUCAGGUGGAGAUUUAGGAGCUAAGAAUGGGAAGUUAUCUAUAUUCGCCGGAGGAGAUGAAACCACCGUGAAACGUUUAGAUCCGUUGUUUUCGUUAAUGGGUAAAGUCAACUUCAUGGGAACAAGUGGGAAAGGUCAAUUUGCGAAGUUGGCUAAUCAGAUUACAAUUGCUUCGACUAUGUUAGGACUUGUGGAAGGUUUGACUUAUGCUCAUAAAGCUGGACUUGAUGUUAAGAAGUUUCUUGAAGCGAUUUCUACUGGAGCUGCUCGUUCUAAGUCUAUAGAUUUGUAUGGAGAUAGGAUUCUGAAGAGGGAUUUUGAUCCAGGGUUUUAUGUGAAUCAUUUUGUGAAAGAUUUAGGGAUUUGUUUGAAUGAAUGUCAGAGGAUGGGAUUGGCUUUGCCUGGUUUAGCUCUUGCUCAACAGCUUUACUUGUCUCUUAAGGCACAUGGUGAAGGUGGUCUUGGUACUCAAGCUCUUAUCUUGGCUCUUGAGCGUCUCAACAAUGUCUCUGUUCAACCAUCUGUCUCUUGAUUUAGGUUCUUGCACUUUCUGUUAUGUGUGUGUUGGAGAUUUUAUGUUGUUCUGGAGAAAAGAUUUGAACUUUUGUGUACCCAUUUGUUGCUAGAACAUGAUAUAUGUUGAUCUGGAGAAAAGAUUUAAACUUUUAUGUACA